AUGUUAGACUGGCUAAGUAGUGAUCAACGCGCCUCAUACGCCGAAUCCUCCCAGAUCCUCGAUGCGCCUGAAACCCCAGCUCCGCUCUUUGCGUAUCGCGCUCUGAAAAGCGUGCUGUUUGGCUCUUACGACGACGAAGAUGGUAAUGACAACGAGAAGGAAAACAUCCCGCUGGAGACGCGCCCAAGCCAAGUCUCUGUCAACUCGCAGAGAAGUCCUCUCAAGCCUAAGUCCUCAACUCCGCAAAGACCUACUCCGCGGCGCAUGUUGUCACCCGCGAAGAGCAUUCUACGUACUCCCGGCAUACCAACUCCGCGGCGUCAAAACGUUUCAGUCAAGUUCAAGGAUGUCAAGCAAACAUUGAUGAACCUCAGCACGGUCACCGAGGGACAAGUAUCUGAGAACAAAGGAAAUCUGCAGCCUCCUGCGAUCAUGCCUUCGGAGUCUACACAACCAACGGAGCAAGCAGCAGAAUCAACAAAGAGGCCACAGGGUCCCAACGCCGAGGCGGAGCUAGAGGUGUACUACAAUGUUAGGGAGAUCGAUGCAUAUAUUGCAGUCACGGAGCGCGAAAUGAAGAAGCUGGUACGCUAUGGUCAGCGAAUGCGAGAAUAUGCGAGGCUGUCACAGAAAGAGAAUGCAACGCUUAAGAGAGAACUGGAGAUUGUCAGGAAAGAAAACGAGAUGUUGCGGUGCAGGGAGGGUCCGCCUAUCAACCAAGAGAAAGCGGGAAAAACGCGCGAAAGCAAUGGGCUCUUCGAUAUCUCGCCUCCAAAGCACAUUCCCAAAGCUGCUUCACAAAGCUCUCCUGAGGAUGGGCCGGAAAGAGCUCACCAUAUACUGGAAGAUCAGGCUCAGCAUCCGCUGCACCCGGACACUGCUGAGAAGAAGCCGGGGAACCAGUCUUCAACAAAGGUGGCCAACACCAAGACCAAAACCGACUGCAUUUCGCCUCAACCCAAAAUCGCGGCACCUAUACAACGAGCAUCAAAUGUGAACAGUUACCCAGCAGACAAUACAAGAAUGGCUUCGAAGAUUCAGCUACCUCCCGACAGACUGGCGGCCGCAAAGGCGAGGUUGCGUAUGAAAAGUGAAGAGAGAAAGAAAGCCUUAAGCAUGAAUGACCAAGUCCAGAAGGAAGACCAUGGCUCAAGUCUUGUUGAUUGGCAGGACUUGUGA